GUUCCGGAAACACGAGAAGAAGAAGAAGCCGCUCUCCACAUGUGCAGACAGCCUCCGGAGAGCAGCGGGUCUCACGGCAACGGGGCAGCAUGGAGGACCAGAACCAGAACCUCAUCCCACUCCCGGAGCAGGAGCAGCAGGAGCAGCAGAAGCAGCAGAAGAAGAAGUCCAGGAAGAGGCCUCGACCUCCGGCGUCAGCCGCCGGGCAGGAGCAGCAGGAGCAGCAGGAGGAGCAGCGGCGGACUCAUGUGAGGCGGCUGGCGGUGCUGGGGGAGGAGGACGGAGCCGUGAAGCUGCUGGAGGAGCUGCUGUUCGGGGGGGAGGAGGAGCUGCUGGAGAGGCUGCUGGAGGGCGAUGAGGAGAACACUGGAACCUCGUUGGUGGAGGACGGGGACGAUGGAUCAGGUGACUCUGAGGACGAGGACGAGGUGCAGCUCCACCCGAGCAGAGAGGCGGUGUGGGUGGAUGAGGACGACGAGCUGGAGGAAGAGGUGGACAUGAAGCAUCGUUACCGUAGAGACCUGAUCAGAGGAGAGGCGGAGUCAACCAUGUCCAAACAGAAACUACAGCAGAGGAUGAGAGAGCAGUUCCAGAGGUCGAUGGGCGGAGCUCCGUCGUGGGCCGACAGCAACGUGAAGAAGAAGAAAACUGAUGAAGAUGAUGAUGAUGAUGAUGAAGAGGACGAUGAGCUGCUGAGGAGGACGGGGAACUUUGUGGCGUCUUCAGACCGUCUGCCCGGCGGCAUCCUGAGAAUUAAGAAGUGUCUUCACGCUAACAGCUCCCGACCUUCAGAGGACGGUCUGACCUCCGUUCAGUUCCAUCCCUCCGCUCAGGUCGUCAUGACAGCCGGCCUCGACCAAUCCGUGUCCCUCUUCCAGGUGGACGGGAAGACGAACCCGAAGAUCCAGAGCAUCCACCUGGAGCGGUUCCCCGUCCACAAGGCGCGGUUCAGCCGGGACGGAGACACGGUGAUCGCCACCAGCCUCAGGAACCGCAUGUUCUACCUGUACGACAUGAUGGAGGGCCGGGUCACACCUGUGCACACCGUCAGAGGUCUGAAUGAAGCUCGGGUGAAGGAGUUCUCAGUUUGUCCUGAAGGAGGCGCUCUGCUGCUCACUGGAACCAACGGAUACCUGCACCUCCUCACACUCAAGACGAAGGAGGUGAUCCGCAGCAUGAAGAUUAACGGAGACGUCAGCGGCGUCGCCUUCUCUCACGACGGCAGCAAAGUGUUCGCCAACUCAGGGACGGGGGUGUAUGUGUGGGACAUGCGCAGCAGUCGCUGUGUGAACAGGUUUACAGAUGAAGGCUGUGUGAGGGGGACGUCCAUCGCCGCCUCGCCAAACGGACAUUACCUGGCCUGCGGCUCUCAGUCCGGUGUGGUCAACAUCUACUCCCAGGAGGCGUGUCUAAAUUCAGCCAAUCCCAGGCCUCUGAAAGCAGUGAUGAAUCUGCUGACCUCAGCGACCUCCCUGACCUUCAACCCCUCCUCUGAGAUACUCGCCAUCGGCUCCCGAGCCGAGGACGAGGCUGUACGCCUGGUCCACCUGUCCAGCCUCACCGUCUUCUCCAACUUCCCCGUCUCUAAGAGGAAGUUUGUUUAUCGGACCAGCUGCCUCGACUUCUCCCCACACAGCGGCUUCUUCUCAUUGGCUAACAACAAAGGACACGCCCCUCUCUUCAGGUUGCUUCAUUACAAAGACUUCUGAGGAGGACGAGUCCACCGGUUCUCUCCGUUCGUCUUCUCGUUUAUAAAUCGGCUCGAAAUCCUCGAACGCACCAGAAGGGAAAUAUUACAAACUGUCUGAAGGUUGAUGAAUAGACGUCUGACUGGGAGGAAGAACACAGACUGGUGGUGGAUUUGGAAAACCAUGAGCAGGAACAGAAGCUGGAUUUGUAGUUUUCGGUGAUAAAUGUGGGAGGAGUUUGGUUUAUAAACACGCUUAUGGAAAGUGAUGGAAACAGAUGUUUGCUUUUUAUUAUUUGUAUGUAGUGAUUCUAUAAAAGAACUA